AUGACACUCAGCAAGACCAUUCAAGGCAUUUCUUCCAAAUACAACAUUAUUCUUGCCAGUUCCUCACCGAGAAGAUAUGAGAUUGUCCAUGAUAUUAUGGGGUUUGCAGAUAUCCAAAUAAUGAAACCGUCCUUCGAGGAAAAUUUGGACAAAAGUAUAUAUGCAGACAACCCAAUAGGAUAUGUGGAGGAAACUUCGUUACAAAAGGCUCAAGGUAUCAUACACGACUUUUCCGUGAAUAGUGCUGAACUGGAGGCCAAUUGCAAGCCAAAGUUAAUUAUUUGUGCAGAUACGAUUAUUAUAGACAAUGAGAAUAGAAUACUUGAAAAACCCAAAAUUAAAGAGAUUCAAUUGAGUAAUUUAAAACAUUUUUGUUAUGAAACGGAUGAUCCAGUCAGAGUUGUAACAGCAGUAACAAUAAUUCAAUGGAAAUCUAAAAAUAAUUAUCAAAUUAAACGUGUUACUGAUACUACUAAGGUAUACUUUGAUGGAACACUACCAUUGAGUGUACUUGAAGAUUAUGUGGAAUCAGGGGAUGGCCUUCUUGUCGCAGGAGGAUUCAAAAUCCAAUCCAUAGGUGGAGUUAUGAUUGAGAAGAUCGAGGGUGAUUAUUAUAAUGUAGUUGGUUUACCAUUAAAUAAGACAUUCAAGUGCAUUUUGGGGCUAUUAGAGCUUUCCUGA